UGUUAUUUUAUGUCUUUAUAACCUUUAUUGUGUGGUAAAUGUUGUAGCAUUUUGAUUUAAGUAACAAUGUAAAACAUAAGUUAAUUUUACGAUACAAGCAAUGAAUUCCAAAUGCUUUAUAAUGAAUAUCAAUAACAUAAAUGGACAGAGUGGUGGAGGUGACACAAAACCUCCCCUACCUAAGGAAAAGGUUAUUUCUUAUGAAGAGAAAUCAGUAGGGUCUACGGUGUUUUUUAAGUGCGAAGCAUGUCCGUACAUGGCACUAGCGGAGGAUGAUAUAAAAUUCCACCUUUUCACUGUCCACCCAGACUUGGCUAAAACUAAUGGCCUCGCCGACAAUAUUCAGAUCUCUUGCCCCGGUUGCACGAGCGUGUUCGAUGCGGAGGAAACUCUAAGAAAUCACCUUCGUAACCAUCAUAAAAUGGGUAUCAAAGAUGUCAGAAAGAUGGUAAAAAGUCUAGUACAAAUAGCACUUAAAAAUGCGAAAUUAAAAAAAGAAGAUAAAAAGACCGAAGACCCACCUCCUUCGAAUCAACAGGACUUAGCAGAUAUUAAAAUUCCACAAAUCAUUGAAAUAGUACCGGAUUCUAUUAAUCCAAAUAAUGAAUCUCUACCGAAAGGUGUUGCAUAUAUAUCUGUUGAUGAAUUGAAUAGCAUGAGCACACCUAACUUUGAGAAAGUUGAUCCGAAAGAAGUGAUUCAAGGAGCAAGCAUAAACAUAGUGUACAGUAAUGACGUAUCAACUCAGUAUGUUAAUGUUUCAGAGGCUGGUGUAACCAACGGAACUUGUAAUCUAAUUCAAGUAUCAAGUGUUACUCCCGAUCUCAUAUCAUCAAUACCACGUAUUGCCAAUGUUCUAGACAACUCACCAUCACCACAGAGUAAAAAAGAUAAUGAAUAUAAUAAAUCACAAAUUCCAGUAGCCAAUGAUUCUGGAACAAUUUUAAAUUACUCUCACACUUAUGAUGGUAAUUCAAAGACAAUUGAUACAGAUAAAAAAUUAAUAAAGCCAUGUGGGAUUGGUGGUUGUUAUGUACGUUUAAAAGAUGAUAAUAAUAUGGCUUAUCAUAGAAAAUGUCAUCAGAAUGGUAAACUGCAGUGUCCGGAGUGUGCAAAAGUAUGUCCCGGAGUAGAUCCACUACAUACACAUUUGUGGAAGGUACAUGCUGUUGACAUGGAGUUACCUACGUGUGAAAUAUGUGGUUUUAAAACAUUUAAAAAAUAUAGACUUUAUAACAUUCAUAUGAAAUGUCAUGGAAGUGUUAAAGCAUAUACAUGCACAAUCUGCACUAAGUCGUUUAAGAAUUCCAAUCAGUUUUCAAAGCACAACUUGAUCCACAAGCGAGACUCAUCACCCGCACAGUGUCAUAUCUGUCAGAAAGAGUUCAGCAAUGAGAGAAAGCUGAGAGCACACAUUAAUACGGUACAUGACAAGCUCAGACCAUUCAAGUGCUCGCAUUGUGACUACACAGCUGCUAGGAAAGGAGAACUUAAGCUGCAUUUAAGGUCUCACACAGGUGAUAAACCAUACUCAUGCAAUCAAUGCAACUACCGGUCAGCAGACCACAACGCGAUGCGUCGCCACAAGAGAAUGCAUACCAAGGAAGGUGUUUACAAAUGUAAAUAUUGUCCAUACACUGCCAUACAGUCUACUAUAUUCACUUCGCAUAUGAUCUCCAAACAUCCUAACGUCAAUUCAAGCGACGUACACUGCUGUCCAUAUUGUCCAUUCAAAUCGGUGAGCAAAGAAAAGUAUGUGGUACAUCUCACCACACACAGAGAUAAAGAAGGUAUACAGCUUCUUGUUGAUAUGAAGACGGGCAAAACUAACAAACCUAGCUGGACUAUACCAAGUAAUGAGGAGAAAUCUAACAACACAACAAGUCACACAACAGAUCCUAACAAAGAUUCUAAUCCGAACACAGUAAAUACGAUACCAAUAGAAGUUUAUGACUGUGACAGUCUCUCUGAGAGUAUGCCACAAGAAUAUCCGAAGAACUACUGCACGACGCCCACCAGUGAAAUACAAACACCUACGUACAAUAGCCAUGCGAUGGUCACUGAUCUGAGAAAGGUCGAAAGCAGUUCAGAUUGUCUGAUAUCUGAAAGUUCUAAUGACACCAUGAUGGAUAGACAUCAGUAUACCCCACAAAGACAGAUCCUCGAAAUAACAUACGACGAAAAUCAAUCCAAUCUUCACGAGUUUUUAAACACGACAGUAUCAAUGGAACAGAAACUCUUACAAAACAGUAGCGUUAAUUCUCUAGCUUCAAAUCACUCUCCGAUGAGUAAUAAUAUAAUGGGCAACUUCCCGAUCCGAUUACCACCAGUUCCAUUAUCCCUUAGGAAUAAUAUAAUGUUGAAGCCCGCCGAUAAAAUAUCAAUGCCGAUGACAAAGGUCACUGGACCUAUUAUUAAGCCGACUCAAAUUUUGCCAGUUCCUUCGUCUAGUCAUUCCCCUAUUAAUAUUAGUAGCGACCCAGAAGGAGCUCCCAAAAAGAAAGCAAAGAUCUCUGUUAAAAGUAAUUUGAUACUAAAAGGUCCAGAUCAGGAAAACAUGUUUCAUUCGCAACAAAAGAUGGCAUUUAAAAGGUUAGAAGAUAACGAAAGAUUCGGUUUGGGAGGUCCGGUGACUUUUAACAAUUUGAUAACGACUCAGUUUAUGCAGCUGCAACCGGAGCCAGUGUUGAGUGAGUCACCCAACAAUAUAAUGGCUUACCCUCAAGAGAAUAUGCUAGAAGAUGCUGCGAGUACACCAGUUGAUAAUGAAAUGAACGAUAACCCUCAAAUAUUCACAUUUAACCAACAAAUGAACGUUAACACAAUGACAAUACUGCCACCUCCACCGAAAAUUCAAGCAAACGACCCCAGUUAUAUAAAAUUAGAGGCUACGAUCAAACAAAAUACACAAUCUCCCUGCUUGGAAAGAAUGUGUACAGGUCUUAAUACCCAAAUCAUUAGUAGAGAAUACAAAGCGUCCCCACCAUUAGAGGAAAUCCAUAAAAAUAUUAAAAACGAAGUGAAAUCUGAUUCAUUUUAUAACAUGGGUAUAAAUAAUACGAGCAAUAAUCCAUCUAUGAUUGAUCAAUAUUUAAUGGAUAUGGGUGAGCAAUACUCGGGACAUAUGGAUCUGUCGAAUGUCGUAUUACCAGAAAUAUCGGAUCAGCAGAACGAUGUAAUAGAAAUAGAUGACAACUCAGAUGACACUAAAAUGCUGCCUCGUUUCGAUAUGAACUUUCCACUAGAAUCUUUAUAUCUUAUGCACAAUGAUUUUCACUUUUUAGAAAAUGAUAUAACAUCUGACAGUAUGCCUGAUGUAUCCGUUAAUGAAAUUAAUCGAAUGGUUACAGAAAUACCUAUAAUAAAUCAAAAGGAAGUUGUAGAAAUAGUACCAGAUAUAUCUAAUAAUGAAUAUCAAAACUUUCAAGGCAAUAAAGAUCCUAUGAUGAAUACAUCUGUUAGACCGAUGACCAAAAUUAAUGUAAAAAAUAUAGAAUUAAUGAAAAAUUAAUCUAA